AGAAAAGAGACACAAAUGAACCUUAAUACAAUUCUGUGCAGUCAGUGACUCCCUCCAACAUCCACAGACUGGACUCUCACUGCAAGUCACGCUGCAGUCUGAUGGACAUUUACCUCACGUUCAUUUUAAAGACAAACGGACUGUGGAUUUAUUUAUCCUCACAUUGUUGAAGAGAUCCUCUCGCUGACAUUUCCACCAGCUCACGCCUCUGCCUAUCAAAGCACUACAGUCCGACUGAUACUGGACGUCUGAAGCUGAUACAAAGAUCAAUAUUCUGGAGUUGUGAAAACAAUAAUUGCAUUAUGAACUGAACGGUAACCUCCUUUGGCAUUUUCGUACCACAAUUUCUUCUCACUCAACGAUCGACACUGACCGUAUGGUUGUAAAGAGCGUUACCUGAUCCACACCUCAGUUCCACAGUGAGAAGCCGAUCCUUCACAGCACAGAUCUGCAUCUGACACAGCGAAGAUGCGAUACCUGCUGACGACCCAGAGCCAGAACUGCUACAGAGAGCAGAUCCAGAAGGAGAUGUUGACCCGUUUGGCCUGGAAGAGCCGAUACGCCAAGCUUUACCCGUCCUGCUGCAACCCCCGGUACAAGAGCACAGAGCCAACACAGCUGCCCCGUCUGCCUGCUGCCCCCCGGGCUGUCCUUCCUCCUCCUGUUACCAGGACACCUGAGAAGCAGAGCGACCAUCCUUCACCUCCUCCUCCUCCAACUCUUCCUCCUUCACCUCUUCCUCCUCCACCUGUGCUCUCUUCUGAAGGGGAGAGGAGCCUCAACGCGUCCUGCCUCAUGAGGCCAGUUUCUCCUCAGACCAGACACGCUCUCUAUCAGGACUCAUCGCACCAUGGCAAAGGACGGAGUCUGUACCUGCAGAGACGUGGCCAGAUUAGACCUGAGGAGAAGUUUGACUUCCCUCUGCUGUCGUCCUGGGAGUACGGAUGGAGGCUGGGUGACUACACUCUGGAUUACAGAACUCCAUCUCGUGCCAAGUCGUCGGUGGUGAAGAACACCUUCUACGCCAGGAACGGUGUGUUCAGCAGCCCGUCGGCUACCGACGCUUUGGGCUGAGGUUCAGCCAUCAAGACACCAGAGGUCGCUCUCUGAUGAAAGAAGAACAAAACCUGGGCCUGGAUUAAAAGCAACAUUCUGUACGAUGUGAUGUGAUUUAGCACAACAAAUUCAAAAUAGCAAUGAUAGAAAAAGAAAAAUGAAACAGAUAAAUCCAUCUAUCAAUCCUCUACUUCCUGUCAGACUGUGUGCUUAUCAUCAGUACACCUGUAAGGUUAAGUGUCUGCCAACCCGAUACUGUGUGAUGGAUAAUUAAUGACAUCCUGGCCGGUUAUCAGUCAGAAAGACGCACACCUGAUACCUCUGUGUUUUCAAAUACGAGUCACUGGAGGAAAUGUCAC